AUGUCUAAUCCAACAUUGAAUAACCCAGACUUAAUCAGAACUAAACCUUACAUUAAUGGUGAAUGGUUUGAAUCAAAAUCGACCAAAACCUUUAAGGUGAUCGAUCCAGCAACCGAAACUGAAAUCAUUGAAUUGCCCGAUCAGACACCAGAGGAAAUUGCGUUUGCUAUUGAAAAAGCUGAAGGGGCCUUCAAAACCUUCAAAAAGUCAAAUGCAUACGAUAGAGCUAGAUGGUUGAGAAAGUUGAAUGAUCUUAUGUUGGAAAAUAUUGAAGAUUUAGCUAAGAUCUUAACCUGGGAAAAUGGUAAAUGUUUAACAGAUGCUACUGGAGAAAUCAAAUAUGCAGCAUCGUACUUCGAAUGGUUUGCCGAAGAAGCCAAGCGUAUCUAUGGUAAUACUAUUCAACCAUCCAAUAAUAACAACAAAGUGAUUACUUACAAACAGCCUAUUGGUGUGGUUGGAUUAUUAUGUCCAUUCAAUUUCCCCACAGCUAUGGGAGCAAGAAAAUUGGCGCCUUCUUUCGCUGCUGGAUGUACUACUAUUUUAAAACCAGAUGGCCAAACUCCACUUUCAUCUUUGGCAUUGGCUUACUUGGCUGAAAAAGCCGGAUUUCCAAAGGGUACUUUCAACGUUGUGUUAGCAUCGACCGAAAAUACCCCUAAAGUGGGAUUGGAAUUUUGUGAAUCCCCUCGUAUUAAGAAAAUUUCAUUCACAGGAUCCACCCCAGUAGGUAAGUUGUUAAUGAAACAAUCAUCCUCGACCUUGAAGAAAUUGUCAAUGGAAUUGGGAGGUAAUGCACCAAUUAUUAUUUUUAAUGACGCUGACUUGGAUCUUGCUGUUGAUCAAUCCAUUGCUUCUAAAUUUAGAUCCUUAGGUCAAACAUGCGUCUGUGCCAACCGUCUCUAUAUUCAAAGUGGUGUAUACGAUAAGUUUUGUGAAAAGUUUUCUGAAAAGGUGAAGGAAUUUAAGAUCGGUAAUGGAUUAGAAAAAGGAGUUACCCACGGAUGUUUAAUCAACGACAAAGCCAUUACAAAGGUAGAAGACCACAUUAAGGAUGCUGUUGAAAAGGGAGCUCAAGUAUUAGUAGAAGGGGGCAGAUUACCAAAGUUGGGUAAAAAUUUCUAUUCUCCUACAGUCGUUAAGGAUGUUACACAAGAAAUGGUGGUUGUUAAAGAAGAAACAUUCGGUCCUUUGGCAGCUUUGCUGAAAUUCGAUACCAAGGAACAAGUUUUAGAGUGGUGUAAUGAUACUCCAUAUGGAUUAGCUUCUUAUGUCUUUUCAGAAAAUUUGAACAAUAUUUGGUUUAUGUCUGAAUACUUGGAAUCUGGUAUGGUAGCGGUGAAUACUGGCCUUUUCACUGAUGCGGCAAUGCCAUUUGGAGGUGUUAAAGAAUCAGGAUUCGGUAGAGAAGGCUCUUUAUACGGUAUUGAUGAUUAUACUGUAGUCAAAGCAAUUACUCUUGGCAAUAUGUAUAGAUAA